AUAACCAAACAGCAUUCAUUCAUGAAUAAUACACAAAGUCGAAGUAUUGAGCUGCAAUUUCAUUCGUUUUUGUGAAGAAACGCAUCCCUUUGAUCAUCAAUUCGGGCCGGGUCAUAAAAACUCGGGUCAAAAAUCCGAUCAUUAAAGAGUUGAAGUCAUAAUGUUCAAAUCUUUCUGGGGUUCUCAAGAGCAAGGAACACCCGCACAGCCUCAAGAAGUUCCUACAAAUUCAUGGUAUCCACCAUCUGUAGUAGGCUCGCAGAAUUCCCCCUCCCGCCCUCCAGCACCUAGCAGCAGCUCUUCAAAUUCCUUCGUGCACAUGCAUGUUGAUCGACCUCAGUCAUCUGUUAAUGUUCCACCUGCAGAGGCUGCCGCCAUUAUUCAUUCCUUGAAAGACAAAAGUGUUGAUGAAUUGAGGAAACUUUUGUCUAACAAGGAUGCCUAUCAACAGUUGUUGCAUUCACUUGACAUGGUCAAAACUCAAAACAGUGUUUGGGAUGACCUUAGGAAUGAAACUCUGCAGCUUGCCAGGGAGAACUUGGAAAAAGAAUCUUAUAUAAUGGAGUUGAGGAAUCAGUGUAGAAUAAUAUGGACAACUGAACUGGCAUCUGCCCGAGAAAAGCUAAAUGAGCUUGAGAGGCAAAAAUCAGAGAUCAUGAAGUCAUACUCCCCACCAGCAAUGCUCCAGCACAUUCAAGAGACAAUGAUCAAGACAGAUGAAGAAUCUGAAACGGUCCACAAACAGCUGCUUGAAAAUGAAUGCGAUCUUCCUGUCUUCAUACAGAAGUACAAAAGGCUGCGGGGUACCUAUCACAAAUGCGCUCUCACUCAUCUGGCAGCUAAAACAUCUUUGAUGGGUUGAGAAGGAAAUAUGUAUUAUACCCUUCUGAUGGAUCUUCAUUCAUACCGUCUCGUGUAUAUGCCAACAUGUGUUUUUGCUGCUCGUUUUCAUUCACCUUGGACCUUAAUUAUGUUGUUAAUUUCUUUGUAUAAAGUAUAAACUGUUACAGAUUCACCUUUCCAGACCUUUCAAUCCAGUUUCUUGAACUCGGUAAAUGAAAGUCUGAUUAAAGUUAGCAGAAAAAUGUUUUGGAAUUUCAUGUUUAAGCUUAAGUUUCUUCA